UUUCAAUUCAGUUAGAUUUCGAACUGUUAUAGUCAGUGAGUCUGAAUAAACAAUCUUUAGCUAAAAAUGAAGUACUCGUUGUUGCUCGUAGCCGGCGCUUUGCUGUUUGUGCAAUUCGCCCAUGCCCUGCCGCAUAUGAAGCGUGAGUCUGUCGCUGUUGCAACGCAUACACAAAAGAGCAUUCACAACUCUGAGGGAUCCUCAUCCGAAGAGGACAGCCCCCAAGCGCAACUGAUGAUUUACACUUUAGCCGAAAUCGCUAAACUUUCCACCUGGAUACUCGAAAAGGGCAGCAUUGUGAUUAAAAAUACCGUGACCGAGUUGAAGGAGAUCCCAGUUAAAGAUGAGCUCUUACAAGCGAACAUCACACGCAUGUCUGAAGUUGCCAAGGAUGCCGGUGAAUUUACCCUGAAAGAAGAUGAAGAGAGCAUUCUGAAACUCCUCUUGUCGAUGGUUAACUUUGCAACAAUGAUGGAUGACUACGAGAAUAUGCCUGCCGAUUCGAAACUGAAACACACCUUGCAAACAGCACUCGAAAACAACGGCUACAACAAGUUUGAGGGCGAGUUCGAAGAAAAAGUAUUGCAGAUGGCCAAGAACUUCGACGGGGCAUUCGGUGAAUAUGUUAAGGUUUUGUCGCCAGAGGAAAAGAUUAAGCAAGCCAAGUUACUUAACUGGUACGACGACUUCAAGGCCGAAACUGAUGAAGAAAAGAAACUGGACAAGUUUGGCGAAAUCUUUGACCACUUAUCUUAAAUUAUCGCAAGAUAUUUGAAUGAUAGAAGAAAAUAAAUAUUUCGACUUGAAAAUGUA